AUGACCUUCAUACUCCACCUGAAAGCCUGCCCUCUUGCUGCCAUAAGGAGUUUGAUUCUACAAAAGAAACCAAACAUCAGAAGCAUGUCCAGCACGAUUGGGGGGCCCCGAGCAGCCAGCGUGGUGGUCCUGCCCAGGGCCCUCGCCCCGGCCUUCGAGACGUUCUGCAGGGCCAACCGGGGCCCUCUGCCCCUGCUGGGCCGCAGCGAGCCAGGCACGUGGGCUUUGACUGCCCUGGGCACCGUCUCGGGCACCAGGACGGACCGCCCCCAGUUCCGCAGGUACGAGUUUGGCACCUACACCGGCAGCCUGGCCUCGCUGGAGGAGCACUCGGAGCAGCUUGGGGACAUGGUGGCCUUCUUCCUGGGCUGCAGCGCCCCCCUGGAGGGGGCCUGGGAGAAGGCGGGGCUCCCCAGAAGAGACCCUCCGGGCCACGGCCUCGCGGGCGCAUACAAGACAACAGUGCCUUGCGCCACCGUUGCUGGCUUUUGCUGCCCUCUGGUGGUCACCAUGAGGCCCGUCCCCAAGGACGCGCUGCAGAGGCUGGUGCAGGCCAGCUGCUCCCUGCUGGGGGAGCAAGGACAGCCCGUGCACAUCGGCGACCCAGAGCUGCUGGGAAUCCGAGACCUUUCCAGACCGGACUACGGGGACCCGGUGCUGUGCCCGCCGGGGGAGGUCCUGGUGUUCUGGCCUUCCCAGCUGACCAGUCUCGAAGCUGUCAGCGGCUCCCAGACCCCGCUGGCUUUCACCAGCGCCCCGGGCUCCACGGUUAUGGCUGACCUGAAGGAUUUGGAGGCCCCGGCCAGUUGUCUCACCCCAGAAGGAAUUCCAGAGGUCCAUCUCGUUUCCCAAGAUCCUUUGCACUACAGCAUCGCAUCCUCUUCGGCCGUGCAGAAGAUCAGAGAGCUAGAGACUGUAAUUGCCGUAGACCCAGGCAACAGGGGCAUCGGGCACUUGCUGCGCAAAGACGAGCUGCUGAGGGCCUCCCUGGCACUGUCCCACGCCCGCUCGGUGCUCCUCACCACCGGAUUCCCCACGCACUUCAACCACGAGCCUCCGGAAGAGACGGACGGGCCCCCGGGUGCCAUCGCUCUGGCCGCCUUCCUGCAGGCCUUGGAGAAGGGCGUCUCCAUGGUUGUGGACCUCAGAGCCUUGAGCUUGUUUGAGAAGCUUGUUGAAGAGGCCGUUGAGCAAGGUGUUCUGAAGACCCCACUCCCGCUCCUAACUUACCAGGGCGGAUCCGCAGGAGCUGCCAAGGCAUUUCUCUGCGAUGAGAGGGACCCCAAGUCUCCCAGGUUCGACCACCUGGUGGCGAUCGAGCGCGCAGGCAGGGCUGCGGACGGGAAUUACUACAACGCGAGGAAAAUGAACAUCAAGCAUUUGGUGGACCCCAUCGACGACCUUUUCCUGGCAGCACAGAAAAUUCCUGGAAUCGCAUCAACUGGGGUUGGUGACGGAGGCAAUGAACUUGGGAUGGGCAAGGUGAAGGAGGCCGUGAAGAGCCACAUACGAAAUGGGGAUGUCAUUGCCUGUGAUGUGGAGGCUGACUUCGCUGUCAUCGCUGGCGUGUCUAACUGGGGAGGCUACGCCUUGGCCUGUGCUCUGUACAUCCUGAACUCCUGCGAGGUCCACGGGCGAUACCUGAGGAAGGCCACCGGGCCCUCCCACCCACCUGGGGAGCAGCACUGGACCGAGGCACUCCCGUCCGUUGCUAAGGAAGAAAAAAUGCUGAGCAUCCUGGUGCAGCAGGGCGUGCGGAGCGGCGUCUCGGGCCGCGUGGGCAUGGAGGUGGACGGGCUGCCCUUCCACGGCACCCACGCCCAGAUGAUCCAGACGCUGCUGGGCGUCACCACGGGGCGCAAGUGA